CAAUAUUUUUUCUCCUUUCACGUCUUCUCUCUCGUGUCUGACUCUGCGAAAACUAUCUACAGAGAAAGACCAAACCGUUUCUCUCAGAGAAGACCAAAACCAAAAACAAAAGUUAAAACCAAACCUAAACAAAAGCAAAACGCGUAAAACCUAAACUAAUACCCUCUCUGUCUUUGUGAAUGGAGCACCAGCAAGUCUCCUCUGUCUCUGCUGCUGCUCCGUUUUCAAAGAAGUUUAGUUAUGACCGUGGACAUGGCGGAAAGCAUGUGUACGACGGCGUUUUUAGUGGCGGUGGUGGUGCAGUGAAGCUCGGGGCUCGAGUGUUGGAUUAUAGAGAGAUAUUUGGUGGGACUGCUGCUACUGCUUCAUCGAUUCCGAUUCUUGAUGUCCCCGAGCUGAAUGAGAACAGUAAGGUCUCUUCUUUUGGUGCACAAAGGGCUGAUUACGCCACGAUUUUCGGUGGUUUUGGAGAUGAUGAUUUUGGUUUGCUUCACGAAGAACUCUUUGCUAAACGAAAGAAAGUCAAGAGUUCUAUCAAUGGAACUCGGUCUCUAGCCGAAGCAAGGUCGCGGAAUGCCGGGUCAAAACAUUCUAAUGUCUCAAAAGAGCAAAAAGAUUCAUCACCUGAAGCACCAUUCCAGUCGAUUGAUGGUGUAAAACUGCUUAACGUGUCUUAUAAUAAAAGCAACCCAGGGAACAAAAAUGGGACAAAUGGAAUGACACGUGUUGCUCAACUUCAUGCAGUUCCUGGCUAUACUUUUCUAGUUGAUGAAAUCACCCCCUCAAAGAUGACUGAAGGUGGCAAGCCAGCACGAUCAGUCCUAAAUGAUUCUCAUCUCAAUGCUAAUGUUGGUAAGAGUGUGAAGGAAGACACAGCUCGCAGGAAAGCUGUGUCAGGUCCACAACCCAGAAUUGCUGACACAAAUAGUUUUAGAAGUCCCGCUGAGUUUCAGAAGAAAUCAAGUCGAAAUAGAUCCAUUUCGAAUGAUAUGCCUUUUGAUGCGUUUGAAAUUGGCCUAGGCAGACGUCCACCUUCAAGCUCACCAACUAAUUCCAGCUAUAAUAUUGGUGGCACCGAUAUAUCAAAGAAUUCCAAGUUUGGAGUUUCUAGAAAUGAUGCUUCUAGAGGUGCAGAUUUACCAGCUUCUUCUGAUGAGGAAAUGGAUGCAAAUUCAGAUGCUGCUGCCUCAGCAGCUGCACUUAGAAAGGCAAUAGAGGAGGCUCAAAUGAAGAUUAAAAUUGCAAAAGAAUUGAUGGAAAGAAAGAACGAAGGGUUUCAAAAUCGUGCAAAGACAGGCUUUAAUAAAAGCUGGAAAGCUCAGAAGAGCGAGGUUAAAACUGAAGAAAGAUUAAAAAGAUCCAAUGAGCUGGUGGAUCGGGAAAUGCGUGAAAAAGAGGAUACUGCAAAGCAAGAAUUCACUGGCGUAUCAGAGGGUAAUGUGUCAAAAGCAAGCCAACUAACUCCAGAUUUUGGAGAUGAGAAGAAAUCUUCUUUUGCUAAUAAUGCUGCUGGAGAAACACACAGCAAGGAAUCCAAGUCAACUAGAACAGAUAAUAGGCUGGAAGCUGAAGACUGGGAAUCAACAGAAGAGUUUUUUGAAGCUGCGGACUAUGAGGAUAUCAGGGACAUGCCAUCAGAAUUUGAGCAGUCAGACAAUGCAGAGAAAAUGGCAUCAUAUAAUCAUGAAAAUAAAUGGAGCGAGAAGAUGACUGCAGAAGAAAAAUUAAAAAAGCCAGAGGAGUGCACUGAGGAAGUUUUUAAUGAGGACAAGGUCGAGAGAGAACUAAAUUCAAUGGUAGGAGCAUUUCAGUGGAAUUUAUAUGCAAACUUUGUUAAGCCAUCACAAGUUUGCCAUCAGGAAGAAAAUGAAAUCAAAACGAGAAUUUCUAAUAACCAUGAAGAAACUUAUCAAACACCUACAGUCUCUGAUGAAUGGAAAGACUGUGAAACUGUGCUGGAAAAUCUUCACCAACCUGAAGAAAACGUAAAACUUCCAGUCCAGGAGUUGGAUGAAAAUGAAGAUAUGAAGGAACUAAAAGAUGCUCAGGACUGGGUCGAAACCAAGAAGAAACAAAGGGAGGCAUUGGAUCACAAGGAAACGGAUAAUAGAUCAGAUGAAGUUUCUAUCAGGGAGGAGAAUGACAGAGACCUUGAUCAGAUAUAUGAGAAAAAACAAAAUGUGGAGGGACAGCAAGAAGAACGGGACAGGGUAGAAUGUGAAAUGAAACAAGGAGGUUGGAACCUAGAAGAAUAUGCGGAGAAACUAAAUGAUUUGCACAGGGGAGAAAUAUCAGGCGAUGAUGGUGAGACAGAAGAGAGUGAGAAGCCAGAAAAACUAGUGGAUGAUGAGGAGAUACUAAAAAAAAAUGAUCAGAUGAAUAAACCUGAAGAAAGCACGAAACUUCCGGUCCAUGAGUUGGAGGAAAAUGAAGAUAUGAAGGAACUAAAGGACUGGGUGGAAAUCGAGAAGCAACGAAGGGAGGCAUUAGAUCAUAAGGAAACAGAGAAUAGAUCAGAUGAAGUUCCUAUUAGGGAGGAGAAUGACAGAGGCCUCAAUCAGAUGUAUGAGAAAGAAGAAAAUGUGGAGGGACAGCAAGAAGAAUGGGACAGGGUAGAAUGUGAAAUGAAACGAGGUUGGAACCUAGAAGAAUACGAGGAGAAACUAAAUGAUUUGCACAGGGGAGAAAUAUCAGGCGAAGAUGGUGAGACAGAAAAGAAUGAGAAGCUGGAUAAACUUGUGGAUGAUGAGGAGAUACUAAAAAUAAGUGAUCAGAUGAAUGGACCUGAAGAAAACACAGAACUUCCAGUCCAGGAGUUGGAGGAAAAUGAAGAUAUGAAGGGACUAAAAGAUGCUCAGGAUUGGGUGGAAACUGAGAAGAAACAAAGGGAGGCACUAGAUCAUAGGGAAACAGAGAAUAGAUCAGAUGAAGUUCCUAUUGGAGAGGAGAGCAACGGAGGCCUCGAUCAGAUAUAUGAGAAGAAAGAAAACAUGGAGGGACAGCGAAAAGAAUGGGACAGGGUAGAAUGUGAAAUGAAACAAGGAGGUUGGAACCUAGAAGAAAAUGAGAAACUAAAUGACUUGCACAGAAGAGAAAUAUUAGGCGAAGAGGGUAAGAUAGAAGAGAGUGAGAAGCCAGAAGAACUCAUGGAUGAUGAGGAAAUAAUCAAAAAGAGUGAUCAGAUGAAUGAAACUGAGAAUAGAGAAGAGAAGGCACACGAAGGGAUAGAAACUGAGAGGAUAAGAUCCAAGAGUUGCCUGGGGGAACAAGAUGAGAAGACCAUGGAAGUGACUGAACAGGCCUUAAGAUACGAGGGGGACAAUCUUGAAAUGGCCGAGGAUGCAAAUGAGCAGUGUGAAAAUGAGAACCUGGGUGGGAGUGACAAUGCCUUGGGAUGUAAAAUAAACUUUGCUUUUGGGGAUUUAAAGGCAGAGGUACUUACUGCCAAGGAGAAUGGAAGGGUAAUGGGGGUAACUGAAUCUUCCCCUCUAUUACAAGGGACUGAGAAGGAGUCAGAGGCAGUUGAAGAUGCGAACAACCUGGAGCAACAGAAUUGUGAAAUUGCAGGCCUCACUCAAGGUUUCAUUGGACUCGAUAGGAUUAAGAAGCACACUGCAGAUGUGACUGAGGCUCGUCUUAAUGGAGAAAAUGGGAUAUAUUUAGGUGAAAGUGACAUUAACUUUGAUGACAAGCAAAAUGAGCAUCAUGUGACAGAAUACAAGAACAUGUCCAAUCAGGAAAAAUGCUUUGAAGAAGUAACUAAUGAAAUGGAUGAUAAUGGUAAUGUUGAUAUCUGUGAACCUGAAGUUGGCACGGAUAAUGAAGAAAGUGAGAAAAGUUCGAUAUCAUCUCACAAUGAAAGAUGGUCCAGUGACGAGACAGAAUCACUUCAUGAUCCAGAGUGUUGUGUUGAAGAAGCUGCUCACGAAUUGGGAGAAAAUAAUAAUGAUGUCAAGGAGUCUGAAGUUGCAACAAAUCAUGAAAAAGACAAGAAUUCUUUUGAAUCUUCUGAUGAAGAUAGAUGGGUAGGUAAUGGUGUAGAUACUGAAGCAAGUCAGCAACCUAUAUUCGAAGGGCAAGGGAAGACCACAGAGAUAUCCUUGGAAGAGGAACCGAACCAAAGCACCAGCAAGAAAGAGGAGAAUCAUUGCAAGAAUCCAGCAAUAGAAGAGAAGGAAGCUGAAGAUAAUUUGCAAAGGAAAUUGGAGGUGGAGAAGAAACACUUCAGUAAAAAGGAAGAAGUAAAAGUGAGGGAAAUAGAAAGAGAAAAAGAGAGAAUAGCUGUCGAAAGGGCAAUACAAGAAGCUCGUGAAAGGGCUUUUGCAGAAGCCCGAGAAAGGGCUGCUGUCAAGAGAGCAGCUGCAGAAGCUCAUGAAAGGUUAAAGGCUGAGGUCAGAGAAAGGCUAGGGAAGGCUCUUCUAGAGGCCAAUAAUAAGUUGGCAGCUGAGAAGGCCUCAUUUGAAGCCAAACUAAAAGCUGAACGUGCUGCAGUAGAGAGGGCAACCGCAGAGGCCAGGCAGCGUGCCCUUGAAAAAGCUUUGUCUGAGAAGGUUGCUUUUAAAGCAAGAAAUCAGGCUGAAAAGUCUGCAGCUGAGAGAUUUUCAAGCAUUUCAAAAGAUAAUGGGAUGAAUUCCAGACAGGAUAAACAAUGCAAUGACCCAGGCCCUUCUAGCAGUUCAAGGUAUCCAGGCUCUUCAAAUCAUGGUGAAAGAUUUAAUGGAGGUAAUGGUGAAUCUGCUCCAAGGAAUAAAGCCACAUUGGAAAGGCAUCAAAGAACAGCAGAGCGUGCGGCAAAAGCUCUCGCAGAGAAGAAUAUGCGCGAACUUCUUGCUCAGAAAGAGCAGGCAGAAAGAAAUAGACUGGCAGAAACUUUGGAAGCUGAUGUCAAGAGAUGGUCAAGUGGGAAGGAGAGGAACUUGCGUGCUCUGCUUUCAACACUGCCAUAUAUCCUUGGCCCGGAUAGUGGCUGGCAGCCAAUUCCUUUGACUGAACUUGUGUCAAGUACUGCUGUGAAAAAAGCUUAUCGCAAGGCCACGCUAUUUGUUCACCCUGACAAGUUGCAACAACGAGGUGCAAGCAUACAGCUGAAAUACACCUGUGAGAAGGUUUUUGAUCUUCUAAAGGAUGCCUGGAACAAAUUCAGUGCAGAAGAACGGUAGACAAUGUCAAGUCUCAUCCUUACGGUUGCAUUCUCUGGAGAGAAAAUUCAUGUCCAAGUUUGCAUCCUCAAUCCUUUAGUGUAGGCAAUACACACCCACAUUUGUAUCCUUGGUCUUUAAUACUUAGGCCAUUUCUUGUAGUGCACUCAUAUGCCCAUUUAUAUGCAAUUUCAAAGCUGUCAAAAGGGGUCCUUGCUGCUA